AUGGUCGAGCACUUAGCGUCAAUAUACGGAACGGAGAAAGAUCGCGUGAAUUGUCCUUUCUACUUCAAAAUCGGCGUUUGUCGUAACGGAGAUCGAUGCUCUCGUCUCUACACCAAACCAAGUAUCAGCCCAACGCUUCUCCUUUCGAAUACGUAUCAGCAGGGCCGGCUCAAACAAUUUCUGGACCCAGUACAAUCACGAGAGAAGGACCCUAAAAAAAAAUUUUAA